UUCUUCUUCGUCUUCGUCUUCUUCUUCUUCGUCAUGUUUUGUGUAUGGUUUUCGUUAAUCUUCUCCAAGAAAAAUCAACGUCCGUAGAACUAACUGCUCGUACUGUGUCUGCCACUCCAAACAUGGUGGAACAGUAAUAUUGAAAAACCAAAGCUGCGAGGAGAGCUACAUGUAGCAGCAACAUAGCCAUUAAAGAACCUUAAAGCAAGCGCCCCUCCUUCCUACUUGUCCCACACACGAGGAACUCGUGCUCUCUCUCUCUCUCUCUAUCUCUGUCUCUCGAUCUAUAAAGGACUGUGUGCGGGGAGGCGUACCAGCCCUCUUAUCGGCGACCGUUGAUCUUUCCGCCAUGACCGCCACCGAUCUGCUGCUGCUGUUCGUAUCGCUAGGCAGCGUCGACCGCUGUGACACCGAGCUCAGCCUCAGCCUGAGCCUGAGCCCCGGUGGCGUGUAUCAUCACGGCUCCGACGUAUCUGCCGGUUCCAGCAGGAGCGCGGAGGAGAAGGCAGCAGCGCAGCAGCCGAUCACCAUAUUCUACAAGGGCCAGAUGUGCGUCUGCGACGUCACGGAGGUUCAGGCGAGGGCGAUCAUAAGCGCGGCCGAGCGAGAGACGGAGGACGCCGAGGCGAAGAAGCAGAGCGAUCGGAGACCCGACUCCUCCUCCCUCCCUCCUCCACCUGCACCGGUGCCGCCGCGGGUGCUGAACCGAAGCCUGUCGAUGAAGCGGUCGCUGCAGAGGUUUCUGCAGAACAGGAAGACGAGGGCGGUCGACUCCUCCCCCCCUUACGACGGUGCAGCAGUCUAGACUUCGUCUCAAGGAAGCGUACGGUGUUCGCCGGUCAGCGACGGCCAACUCUCGAGCAUCAAAGGAACCAAUUGGAAUGGAUCCAAAUGCUAAUUCCGGCGAAAUUGGCCGAAAUAUUUCCCAUGUAGUUCGAUUGUGAUGAUACAACUGUAAUAUAUGCACCGAACACACUGUAGAUUAUGGAUGAAA